AUGCCCUUCUUGGAUGCAUGUAUGCUCAUUCCUCCCUAUCAGAAAUUUCUCAAGGACGCUGUAACCGAGAGAAGGAAAGAGGUUCAGGGUAUGGUCGUUCUUUCUCAGGAAUGUAGCGCAAUCAUCACUAGGAAAGUGGUUGGGAAGAAGCGUGUCUGUGAUGCCACUACAGUAGCUAAGAGGCUUGGGUUCGAGAAGUAUCAAAAGUGCGACGUUUCCUUGGUACUUGCGGAUAGAUCAGUACGCAUCCCAGUGGGAUCCGCUGAUCUUGGGAAGGCCCUUUUUGGCAACCGCGGAGCUAUCAUCGAUGUUCAGAGAGGGAAGAUUGAGCUAAACUUUGGAGAUGACUUCAAGCUCAGCUUCGACAUCAAGAGGUCGAUGAAGAAACCAACCAUUGAUGGACAGCUCUUCUGGGUAGAGACUUUGGAUCAGUUGGCAGACGAGUAUCUAGAGGAGUUAGCCACAGAGGACCAGCUUCAGCUAACCUUGACUGAGAAGGCGGAGGAAAAGAGCUACUUCAACACCGAAUCCUUGGAGACGCUCCGUGAGAUUGAGGAAGUCCACAAGGUAGAGGCAGAGCACGAUCUUGAGCAACUGUCAGACGAUGACUGGAGUGAGCUCAAAGCCCCAAAGGUGGACCUCAAGACCUUACCAGAUGGGCUAAGGACGCUCAGUGAGAUUGAGGAAGUCCACAAGGUAGAGGCAGAGCACAAUCUUGAGCAACUGUCAGACGAUGACUGGAGUGAGCUCAAAGCCCCAAAGGUGGACCUCAAGACCUUACCAGAUGGGCUAAGGUACGCAUUUCUUGGACCAAAUUCAACUUAUCCCGUAAUUGUGAACCAAGAACUUACCCCACCCCAAUUAACCUCCCUCCUUAAUGAGUUGAGGAAGUUCAGGAGAGCAAUUGGAUCUAUUGAACACCAAAGACGUUUAAAUCCCAACCUCAAAGAGGUGGUGAAAAAGGAAAUCCUUAAGUUGCUUGACGCCGGCGUGAUCUACCCUAUCUCGGAUAGUACUUGGGUCUCGCCGGUACACUGUGUGCCCAAGAAAGGUGGAAUCACAGUAGUCAAGAACGAAAAAAACGAAAUGAUCCCAACCAGAACCAUAACCGGUCACCGAAUGUGCAUAGAUUACCGAAAGCUCAAUGCGGCGACUAGGAAGGAUCAUUUUCCACUGCCUUUCAUCGAUCAGAUGCUUGAGCGGUUGGCGAACCAUCCUUUCUAUUGCUUCCUUGAUGGCUAUUCGGGAUUCUUUCAAAUCCCCAUCCACCCUAAUGACCAAGAGAAAACACCUUCACAUGUCCCUAUGGAACUUUUGCCUAUAAACGUAUGCCCUUUGGAUUGUGUAACGCUCCGGCGACUUUCCAAAGGUGCAUGA